AUGGCCCUCUUCGCCGCCGCCCGCCGCGCGGCCUCCUCCUCGCUCCCCCUCCUCCGCGCCUCCGCCUCCGCCUCCCGCGGCGCGGCCUCCCGCGGCGCGGCCUCCCGUGGCGCGGCCCUGCUCCGCCCCCUGGCCGCCGCCGCGGCCCGGCCGAUGCCCUUCUCCUCGGCGACCGCGCUGAAGCCGAGCUCCGACGACGAGCUCCUCCGCAUCGUCAAGGCCGAGAUCAAGUUCGCCGAGGACUGCGACGACCACGACCGGCAGGUUGAGGAGGUCCCAGAUAGCUUCCCUUUCAAAAUCAGCGACAAGAAGGGGCUUAAUGACAUCACUCUUACAAGAACUUACCAGGGUGAGAAGAUCGAGGUUCUGGUUUUUAUGCCCAACCUAGUCACUGGAGACGAGCCAGAGCAUGACCAGGACGAGGAUGACAAGGAGAAAGAUGAUGAUCAGGAUGACGGCGAGAAGCCCCCGAAGUCCAGCCUUCCCCUCACAGUCACCAUCACCAAGAGUGACGGCCCAAGCCUCGAGUUCACCUGCACGGCCUAUCCUGACGAGAUCCUCAUCGAUACCUUGUCCGUGAAGCAGCCCUCUGAGAAGUUGGGAGAGGACUACAUUGCAUACGAGGGUCCUGACUUCAAUGACCUGGACGAGAACCUGCAGAGGGCAUUCCACAAGUACCUGGAGCUGCGCGGAAUCACGCCCAUGACGACAAACUUCCUGCACGAGUACAUGAUCAACAAGGACAGCCGGGAGUACCUGUUUUGGCUGAACAAGCUCAAGGAUUUCGUCAAGCAGUAA